AUGGGCGACACCCCGCUGCCAGUGCCCUCGGCCCCCGCCCCGGCCUCCACACCAGCCCCGGCCCCACCCGCUGCCACCCCACGUGUCCCGUUCCACUGCAGUGAGUGUGGCAAGAGCUUCCGCUACCGCUCGGACCUGCGGCGCCACUUCGCAAGGCACACGGCGCUCAAACCCCACGCGUGUCCGCGCUGCGGCAAGGGUUUCAAGCACAGCUUCAACCUGGCCAACCACCUGCGCUCGCACACUGGGGAGCGGCCCUAUCGCUGCUCCGCCUGCCCCAAGGGCUUCCGAGACUCCACAGGCCUGCUCCACCAUCAGGUCGUGCACACUGGUGAGAAACCCUACUGCUGCCUGGUCUGUGAGCUCCGCUUCUCCUCGCGUUCCAGCCUGGGCCGCCACCUCAAGCGCCAGCAUCGCGGGGUGCUCCCGUCCCCGCUGCAGGCGAGCCCGGGCCUGAGCGCGCCCUGCUCCGCCUGCUGCAACGUGGGACCCUGCGCGGUGUGCGGGGGGACAGGAGGCAGUGGCGGCGAAGGCCCUGAGGGUGCGGGCGCCGGCCCAGGUGGCUGGGGGCUGGCGGAGGAGGCGGCGGCCGCAGCGGCGGCGUCUCUGCCUCCGUUCGUUUGUGGAGCCUGCGCGCGGCGCUUCGACCAGGGUCGCGAGUUGGCGGCUCACUGGGCGGCGCACACCGACGUGAAACCCUUCAAAUGCCCGCGCUGCGAGCGUGACUUCAACGCGCCCGCGCUGCUGGAGCGCCACAAGCUGACGCACGACCUGCAGGGUCCUGGGGGGACCCCAGCUGCCGCCCAGGCUUGGGCAGCCAAUGAGCGGGGUGGCCCCGAAGUGAAUGAAGCGCCCCCGGCCUGGGACGGCGGGUUACCCCUGGGCCCCGCGGGGGGCGGCGUGCCGGAGCUGGGGGCGCUGCUCCCCGAGGGGGGCGGCGAGGCCCCGGCACCCCCGGCCGCCACCGAGCCCUCGGAAGACACCCUUUACCAGUGCGACUGCGGGACCUUCUUCGCGUCAGCCGGGGCGCUCGCCAGUCACCUGGAAGCGCACUCGGGUCCGGCCACUUAUGGCUGCGGUCACUGCGGAGCGCUCUAUGCGGCCUUGGCGGCCCUGGAGGAGCACCGGCGCGCCAACCACGGCGAGGGCGGCGAGGAGGAGGCAGCCGCGGUGACACCCACGACAGUGGCCCCGGAUGGGGAGCCCGUGUCCAGGGAGCCCGCAUCUGGCUCGGGCCGCAGCAAGAAGAUUUUCGGCUGCUCGGAGUGUGAGAAGCUCUUUCGUUCGCCACGAGACCUGGAGCGGCAUGUGCUGGUGCACACAGGGGAGAAGCCAUUCCCAUGCCUGGAGUGUGGCAAGUUCUUCCGCCACGAGUGCUACCUCAAGCGCCACCGGCUGCUGCAUGGCACCGAGCGGCCCUUCCCCUGCCACAUCUGUGGCAAGGGUUUCAUCACGCUCAGCAACCUCUCACGUCACCUGAAGUUGCACCGGGGCAUGGACUGA